UCCUGCUGGUUGCUCUCGCAUAUUCAGCGAGUAUUCUCGAAUACGACGGGUCAGAGGUCACGGUCACGGCUUCAAAACUGCCCCGGGUCUUCUCCCUGGACUACGACCCUGUAACUGAACUUGUGUACUUCAUUUCUUACGGGGGCAUCAGAAGGAUUGGACGUGAUGGAAAAAUGAUGGAGACUAUUGUAGCAACCAGACAUGCCUCUUAUGGCUUGAGGUUGGACCACGCUGGGGGAACGUGUAUUGGCUCAGCCAUAGUCAUAGAGGCACAAUCCGCGUAUGCCGGAAUCAUGGAUCCUUCAUCAAGACACUUCUGACUGUCGAAUAUCCUAGCGGGAUUGCUCUGGACCCCAGGAAUGGACUGAUGUACUGGACGAGCCGUGGCAGUAACGCCCGAGUUGACAGUGCUGCGAUGGACGGUAGCAACCAGACUACCCUAAUCAGGAACCUGAAUGCCCCCGGGGCCAUUACAAUAGAUUAUAAAGAGGACCGACUGUACUUCUGCGAUGGUAGCAGAAUCUACAGCUCAGACCUGCUGGGCAAUAACAUGCUUGUCUUCUAUGAAGAGACUAAAGAGCCUAAAGUCGGAAUUGCGGUGGACGAUAACUACGUUUACUGGGGGUCAACGCUGAAACAACGUGGAAUCAGAAGGUUAUCCAAGUCCAUCACCAAUCAGACUGUUUCUACUAUUAUGGAAGAAGAAGUUUCAAAUCCUGCAGACAUCUACGUGUCCACGGCAUCGCCCAUUAACACAACCAAUCAUGGGUGUUCUUCCUUCAAUGGAGGAUGUACGGAGUUGUGCCUUUCGCAUCCAGAUGGAUUCAAGUGCGCCUGUCGAAACAACUGGGAACUGCAGAAAGAUGGAGUGACAUGCUGUCUUUCUGGCUACACCGCAUACGCUGGUGCAUGCUUCAAGGCCUACAACCAAGAAAAAACGUACGACCAGGCAAGGCAGGUGUGUGAAGAGGACGGGGCGGGGGAUUUGGCGGACCAGGAGAUUGGAAUGCUGGCUUUGCCGAAAGACAAAGACGUGAACAACUUCGUAAGAGAUCUAAAGAAUGCCGUCAGUGAAAUCUCACGUUUUUGGAUCGGCCUGAGCGAUCAGAAGGACGAGGGUGAGUGGAGGUGGGCGGACGGGACUGAACACGACACCAUCGCUGACUGGAACGGCUGGCAGCUGGGGGAACCUAACGAUAACCAGGGAGGUGAAGACUGUGCGAACUACGGUGGUUCCGGAUGGAAUGACGCACCGUGCUCCUCUGCUUACAAGUUCAUAUGCCAGCUGAGAAAAGCUAUAACCUGCUCUCUAGGAUACUUCCGCUGUAGCCACGGCCGUGCGUGUAUCCUGUCAUGGAAGCGGUGUGACGGGGCCACGGACUGUACGGACGGGAGUGAUGAGACGGGCUGUGUGUGUCAGCCAAUACCUGGAGAUUUUCAAAUCGACAUCAGACUGGCCAUGCUGCCGAAUCAGCUGGGCCAGACGACAUUUGAGGAGGCCCAGAAUUCCUCUGUGGUGGAGCUGCUCAACACUUCGUACAGCAGCUCCGGAAACUACCACCCGGAGUUAAGAAAUUUCGUUUCGACGGUCAUUUUCCCGCAAUGCAAUGUAACCGAAGAGAACAAGGCCGACUGCUUUUUGUCUCCAAAUGCAACCGAAACGAUCUCGUGCAUGGGAAACGUCACGGGUACACAGCUGGUGCCAUGCCGCUCGUGGUGUGAGGAAGUGCUCUACAUGGCUGCUGACUGGAUGAAGGGCCUGCUGCCUCGAUGUAAACUGUUUCCAUCGUCCGAACACGGCUGCUGGAAUCCCAAUUCAGCCAAGAAGGGAAACGAAGUUUGCUACCAUGGCAUUGGCAUAAACUACCGUGGUACAUGGAGUAAAACUACAUCCGGGGCAGAUUGUGUGGAGUGGUCGGUUGAGCAAGCCGGUUACUACAAGACAGAGUACCCCUGGGCCAACCUGGAUAACAACUACUGCCGCAACCCGACCGGGCUCGAUCGGCCAUUUUGUUUGACAGAAGACGGUAGCCAGGAGGAUUGUGACGUCAUUCCUUGUGAUGCCGAUGGCUGCUGGGAUAGAGGCCCUCCAAACUACGGCAAGAGAAGCCCCGGUAAGAGGUUCUACUACGUCGAUGAUAGAGUCACGUACACGUGCAACGAAGGCUACACGCUGAAGUCAGGUUACACCAGUGAAGCGAGGUGCAUGCCAGGGGGCGAUUGGCAAUACGACAAGCCCAGAUGCUCAGUAAACCACCGACGAAGGCUUCAGGGGGAGCUCCUGGAGAUUUACAGUGCCAGUCUUGCACCUGAGAAUGUCGUCAUCAACUUCACUGGAUCUGUAGAACAGAUAGUCGACUUGGACGAAAAGAAGGAGCAGCUGGUUGCAUCUGUCGCCAUUGAUUUCACAUGGCAAGACAGCAGACUGAGCUGGGAUCCAAAAUACUACGAUGACGUCACGACACUCAACAUUCCUGGUGACAACAUUUGGACUCCAAUAUUGACCUUGAAGAGAAAUGCUGCUUCACACAGCCUACAAAAGGAUGUCCCGGUCCGCGUGAGCAGCAAUGGCCGGGUAGCCUGGAGUGUAGAAACCCAGACCACCACUGUGUGUGAUGCAGACCCCUUCUACUUCCCUGCAGACACCAUGGAAUGUCACGUCUGCUUCUCUGCGAUCGCAGCAGUGGAGCAAACCAUUCAAUGCCAAGGAGGAGGAUCAACAGACAAGGGGAGCAGUCCAUGCAACUCUUACUCGGAUGUAACAACAGAGGGCGAAUGGCAUAGAAAUGACAAUAUAUUUGCGAAAGACAACAGAGAAGCAUGCUUUGUUGUUCAUCUAAAGAGGAUCCCCCUGUUUCACCUCGCCACUACUGUGGGACCCUGCAUCAUCCUGGUUGUGCUGAUGAUCAUCACCUUCGUCAUGCCCCUGGACAGGGGAGACCGGAUCUCGUUUGGCCUGACCAUUCUGCUCUCCAUGGUCGUGUCUCUUGUAUUUGUCACAGGCGUUCUUCCUGUCAAGGGGGGUUUGCCAUUUUUCGCUACGCUGAUCAUCGUGUGCAUGGGGCUGAUGGGAGUUUUCCUCCUUCUUACCAUGGCCGUCAUCAUUAUUCACGACCGGAAGGGCAGCCUGUCUCCAAUGGCGAAGAUUAUUUUUCUCCGACACAUUUCAAAAAUACUGCUGUUGGGCGAUCUAACAGAAAAGAAGCACCCCCGUGAUGAAGAGGCUGACCUGACAGACUUUCCAGCCACAGGCCUGAUCAACUGCGCUUUUCUAUGCGAUGGCAAGGUGGACGUCAACGACGAAAGGCCCUGUGAUGGCAAUGAGACAACCAAACAGCCAUCAACGCCUCUCUCAAGUCUGGUGCCCACCCGCACCACCGCCCUCCUUCAGCUUAUCCCUAAUCUUAAAGGCGUAAAAAAAGAAGUCAAAGAGCUCGCAAAGGCUGUUGAUAACAAGAGAGAGGUGCUUAAGAAGGUUAUGAUGAAUGAAGAGGAGGUGUCCGAGUACAUCCUGUUGGCUAAAGUCCUGGACAGGGUUUUACUUGUUCUGUACAUCAUCAGCAUCGCGGCAGCCGUUCCCAUGACUAUGUAUUUAGGCAAGUAGAUAUGUUAAAUGUGACAACAGAUCCUGAGUUUACUUUUAGUCACUCUGCCGUUCCCAUGGCUAUGUAUUUAGACAAGUAAAUAUGUUAUAUGUGGCAACAGAUCCUGAGUGUAGUUUAAGCUACUCAGCCGUUCCCAUGACUUUGUAUUUAGGCAAGUAAAUAUGUUAAAUGUGACAACAGAUCCUGACUUUACUUUUAGUCACUCUGCUGUUUGUUGUUAUGUAUAAAAUAAUGUGUUCUUCUUCUUACAUUAUAUCAUAGUACUAUUUGAAUUGCUAUGAUACCAUAAUAAUAAAUGUAGACUUCGACUAUAAUGUUUGCUUACAAACAUUUUUUUCUUCGUUAGCUAAUAAAGGUGAUCAUUUUAGAUAAUUUUUGUUCCUAUAUAUAGUAAUACAUAGGGCGCCAUACAUAGGCAAAACUGUGCCCCUCGAUGAAUAUAUAUGACAAAUGUACCAACUUGCAUGUUGUAUGUAUAUCUAUGUUAAAAACUUUGUAAAAUAAUAUUUUUGUGUAAAGCGUGGUAGCCAAUCGUAAAGGCCUCGUCAAUAAUAAUUGUAGAUUGCAUUGUGAUAAAUUUCAGUGGACACUCCUCGUUUACGUUAAGUGUUUUCAAACAGACCUAAUGCAUUAAGGAAUCUUUAUUCCAUUAUCUAUAAUAAAGUCAUUAUUACCAACAAGCACAACCUAUAAAACAUUAUGUUGAUACAUUAUAUCAGAUUUAGCAAAAUAUUUAUCAACAAAAUAGUGAAGAAAACGCACCUCUCCAACUUAAGGAUAGCCAAUCAAAAUAUUUAUUCAUGAAGUUCGUUUUUAAUUAUUUGCUUUGACAGUAGUUUGAAUCUUAACUGCACAUUAAGAUAAUGUAAGGCUGUCAUAUUUUUACAUUUUAUAUGACUCAUCACAUAUCAUAUUGUUACAGACACUAAUUCAGUUUGUGUUCAAAGUUCGCCAGAUUUAAAAGAAAUCACAACUUGAGUCAUUUUCUAUCACUUUGCUAUACUGACAAAAACGUUUUGUGCAUGAUCAUUUUAUUAAUAAUAACAAUUUUUAUUGCAUGUUCAUAACCGUAGGCUAAAUGCACAGAGGGCCACAUGUGAUCUAAUGGAUAAAAAGGUAGAACUAAACCUAUGCAUUAAUUUUAAACCAAACUAGAGGAGAAAUGUACUAAGACAUCAUGAAUUUCUGUUGAAUACAUAAACUAUUGUUAACCGCUACAUCUAAUAUUUUCUUCUCUCUUUUUAGAACACGUUCAGAUAUAUUUACAUUUUGUGUUUAUCAUAGCAUGAUCAUUUCUGCAUGACAUCAAGUAAUUAAAUGUGUGCUGCUUUGACAUUUUCUUAUAAUUAUUGACUGACAGUAAAGUGUUAAAUAGAUAUUGUCUAUAUACAAGUACAGUCUAGUAAAAAAUGUGUUUCGUCUUCAAGAUACGAGUGGUCACAAAAUCUGCAUGUUCUGUCCUUUAGAGGAGUACGAUUAUUCCUACCGGAUUCUAUAUGUAAGGGAUGGUCACUAAGGCGAAGUUUACACAUAGCUCUACGAUGUUCAAAGUUUGAAGUGUUCAGAUAUAUUUCUCUUUCACAUAUCUCUUUAAAUGCCUUGUACGUCCUACAUUUGUCUCCUUGAUUUUCUAAUUAUCAAUAUCCAUCAUUAUUGCAAUAUACUCAAUUUCAAUAUUAUUAUCAGGUUAAAAAAUCAACAAUUAUAAAUGGCUUUUUACACUUGGCCACAUUGUUGCCGUUAAGUAAGUGUGUGCAAUAUCCGCAAACGUGCAAUAUCCGCUAAUGUGCAAAUACUCUUUUUAAUAAUUGUCUUCUGGUUUUAACAAAUGUAAGGCCGUCGUGCAAUUCAAGGUCUUAACAAGAGUUCGCAGACCUCAUAUCUCCAUGAAGUAGUCCGAUUAUGCAAAUUACUUCCACAUUUACAUAAUCUAUGCUUGGCUAUGUACACCUUUAGAUAACUUAUGUCGGUCCCAAUGUUGAUUGUCCAAUAAUAUACCAUGGAGAAGAAUUAUAGCUAGCGCUUUUAUAUUAAUUAUGCAAAUUAGGAUCGAAUUUGCAUAAUUGUUAUCUGCUAAUGUUCCACCAGCAACAAACUACAUAUAUUACAGGUAUUUGAGUCCUAUAAUGGAAAACACUACAAAUAUAGAUUUCCCUCAUUAAUUAUGCAAAUUAAGUGCCAGUUUGCAUUAUUUGCACUUUAGGAUGAACAUCUCUGUCAAAACUACCUAAAUACCAAAUAUCAUCUAAAUUUGUCGUCCCCUUGUUUAGUCAUCCUCCCAAGAGGUUUUUGUAAAAAACGCCAAUGCAGCUCCAGAGCAACCUGCAAGGGGACCCAAACAUACACCACCUAUUCUUUACGUCAUUAGCUAUCUGCCACCAAAAAAUCAAGACCAAAUGUCACAUACCAGGGGGCCCAAAAUUGAUCUUGACCUUUGUCUUCCUAACACC